AUGGGAGAAACACGUUCGAGACACCACCAGGACCAGGAAUCUGCAGGCAUGUUGAGCAAGAUCACUGGUGUGCGCCUCCCGAACGAGCCGUCGUCGACGUUGUGGGACAUCACCAUUGAAAACGGGAGGGUGUCUGCAGUAGAGACACACGACAGCAAUGGAAGCAGGCGUGACGACACCAUGGACGGGGCUAACCGGCUGAUCGCGCCCUCCCUUUGCCAUGCUCACAUCCACCUCGAUAAGUGCUUCUUACUCCAAGACCCCAAAUUCAGCGACCUUCAGAUAGAGAGCGGUGAUUUCAAAGAGGCGAUGGAAUUGACGGGAAACGCCAAGUCGAGGUUUGAGGAAGACGAUCUUCACAGGAGAGGCAAGCAGCUCAUUGAGGAGAGUAUCCAACAUGGAGUUACCGCUAUGCGAGCGUUUGUGGAGGUCGACGGAGGGGUCCAGCUGAAGUGUUUGCAAGCAGGUCUGAGGUUGAAAGAGGAGUUCCAAGACAGAUGCUACGUGCAAGUGUGUGCCUUCGCCCAGCUACCGAUCUUCUCCGGUCAAGACGAGGGUGCUGAGGUCAGGAAGCUGAUGACCACUGCUGCGUCUUACGAGAAUGUCGAGGUGCUUGGAAGUACGCCAUACGUAGAGGAAAAUGACACGAAAGCAAAAGAGAAUAUACGGUGGAUCUCUGCGUUGGCCUUGAAGCAUCAGAAGCAUCUAGAUCUUCACCUGGACUACUUCCUGGAAGAAGAAAAACAACCCCUAGUCUGGGAUGCCUUAAGAAUAGUCAAAGAACAGAGGUGGCUGGAGAAGGGAGGCAAGCAGAUCACACUGGGCCACUGCACCCGUUUGACACGGUUUCGGAAAGAAGAGUGGCUACGACUGAAACAGGACAUUGGCGAGCUCCCUGUAUCCUUUGUCGGUUUGCCCACCUCAGACCUGUUCAUGAUGAGAACGACUGAAAACGUGCGCGGUACUUUGCCGAUUGUGGAGCUGAUCAACGAAUACGACCUCAACGGCGCGAUUGCUGUCAACAAUGUUGGCAACGCGUUCACACCGCAAGGAAACUGUGAUCCUUUGAGUAUUGCCAGUCUGGGAGUCGGCCUAUAUCAGGCAGGAACAAAGAAAGACGCCGAAUUGCUCUUUGAAGCCGUUUCAUCUCGAGCGAAAGCCGCCAUUGGCUGCGAGCCAAAUUCUUUCAUCCUGACCCCCGGGCAACGGGCUGACUUUGUGCUGUUUGAUGCUAUGGACAGCGGGUGGCGGUGCAGGAAGAGCAUUGCUGAAGUGGUCUACGAUGCAGGAUCCAGUCGACAAACAAUCUAUCGCGGCCGACUGACUACAUGA